UGAUUUUUCUGCUGUAAACCAUCAGGAGUGGGGCUUCUGGAAAGAUUGGCAGGAGAAGGGUUCAGGAGGGGGUACAAGCAUGGAGCGACUUUGGGGCAUACUCCAGAGAGCGCAACAGUGGUCCCCAACACCUGUUGAGACUAUCUACAAGCGUGUGGAAGGCCCCUAUCUGGGGGGCCUGGAAGAAGAGGAGGAGGGGGCUGAGUUGCCCCUCCAGUUCUCCCCCAUGGAAUUCAAGAGCCCCGAGCUCCAGGGUCCCCGGAGUUCAGCCCUCAUCCCCUGGGCUGCAGCAGCACGCAAGGCUGCCCCCUACCUGGUCUUGACUGCCCUUCUAAUCUUCACUGGGGCCUUCCUCCUGGGCUAUGUGGCCUUUCGAGGUUCCUGCCAGGCCUGCGGGGACUCCGUGUUGGUUGUCAGUGAGGACUUCAACUCUGAGCUUGGCCUGGACUCUCACCAGGGCACGUUGUACUGGAGCGACCUCCAGGCCAUGUUCCUGCGGUUCCUGGGGGAGGGGCACUUAGAGGACACCAUCAGGCUGACCAGCUUUCGGGAACGCGUGGCGGGCUCAGCCGGAAUGGCCACUCUGGCCCAAGACAUCCUGGAGAUGCUGUCACGCCUGAAGUUGGACCACGUGUGGACUGACACGCACUACGUGGGACUGCAGUUCCCGGACCCGGCUCGCCCCAAUACCCUGCACUGGGUGGAUGCGGCCGGGAGCGCCCAGGAGCAGCUACCAUUGGAGGACCCUGAGGCCUACUGUCCCUACAGCGCAACUGGCAGCGCCAAGGGCCAGCUGGUGUAUGCACACUAUGGGCGGCAGGAGGAUCUGCAGCACCUGCAGGCCAAGGGCAUGGAGCUGGCUGGAUGCCUCCUGCUGGUGCGCGUCGGGGUGACCAGCUUUGCCCAGAAGGUGGCCACUGCCCAGGACUUUGGGGCCCAAGGAGUGCUGAUAUAUCCUGACCCAGCAGACUUCUCCCAGGACCCUCACAAGCCAGGCCUGUCCCGCCACCAGGCUGUGUAUGGGCAUGUGCACCUAGGAACUGGGGACCCCUACACACCUGGCUUCCCUUCCUUCAAUCAAACCCAGUUCCCUCCAGUGGAAUCAUCAGGCCUUCCCAGCAUUCCUGCCCAGCCCAUCAGUGCAGACAUUGCUGAGCGCUUGCUCAGGAAACUCAAAGGCCCUGUGGCCCCCCAGGAGUGGCACGGGCACCUCCCAGGCUCUCCUUAUCGACUGGGCCCGGGACCAGGUCUGCGCCUAGUGGUAAACAAUCACAGAACCUCCACUCCCAUCAACAACAUCUUUGCCUGCAUUGAGGGCUUCGCAGAGCCAGAUCACUAUGUUGUUAUCGGGGCGCAGAGAGAUGCAUGGGGCCCAGGAGCAGCCAAGUCUGCAGUGGGGACUGGUAUUCUGCUGGAGCUGGUGCGGACCUUUUCCUCCAUGGUGAGCAAUGGGUUCCGACCCCGCAGAAGUCUUCUCUUUAUCAGCUGGGACGGAGGUGACUUCGGCAGUGUGGGCUCCAUGGAGUGGCUGGAGGGCUACCUCAGUGUGCUGCACCUCAAAGCUGUAGUCUAUGUGAGCCUGGACAACUCAGUUUUGGGGGACAGCAAGUUCCACGCCAAGACCAGCCCCCUUCUAAUCAGCCUCAUUGAGACUAUCUUGAAGCAGGUGGAGUCCCCUAACCACAGUGGACAGACCCUCUAUGAGCAAGUUGUAUUCACCAAUUCUAGCUGGGAUGCUGAAGUGAUCCAGCCCCUGCCCAUGGACAGCAGCGCUUAUUCCUUCACCGCUUUUGCGGGGGUCCCAGCUGUGGAGUUCUCCUUUAUAGAGGAUGAUCAGGUAUACCCGUUCCUGCACACGAAGGAGGACACGUAUGAGACCCUGCACAGGACGCUGCGAGGCCGCCUGCCCGCCGUGGCCCAGGCUGUGGCUCAGUUCGCGGGCCAGCUCCUCAUCCGUCUGAGUCACGACCAUCUGUUACCCCUCGACUUCGGCCGUUAUGGGGACGUGGUCCUCAGGCACAUCGGCAGCCUCAACGAGUUCUCUGGGGACCUCAAGGCCCGCGGGCUGACCCUGCAGUGGGUGUACUCGGCUCGCGGGGACUACAUCCGAGCGGCGGAGAAGCUGCGCAAGGAGAUAUACAGCUCGGAGCAGAGUGACGAACGCCUGAUGCGCAUGUACAACGUGCGCAUCAUGAGGGUGGAGUUCUAUUUCCUGUCUCAGUAUGUGUCGCCUGCCGACUCCCCAUUCCGCCACAUCUUCUUGGGCCAAGGAGACCACACGCUGGGUGCCCUGCUGGACCACCUGCGCCUACUGCACCCUGGUGGCUCCCAGAGCUCUGGGCUGGCACCAGGUCUGGACUUCCAAGAGAGCCGCUUCCGGCGCCAGCUAGCACUGCUCACCUGGACGCUGCAGGGUGCAGCCAACGCGCUCAGUGGUGAUGUCUGGAACAUUGAUAAUAACUUUUGAGGCACAGUGUCCACCCUGAGUCCCACAUAUUCCUCCUGACUCUCUUGAUGGGAGCCCUUCCUCUCCCUGUUUCAGUGGUGCAGGUGGAAGGAGGUGGUCCAUAGGCCUCUCAUUGCAACUGGCUUCUCAUGAGCCCUUCUGGUCCCUACAUGGGGCCUGGCACUGACCCACGCCCUUGAUCCUCAGUGACCAGUAUUUUCACAAUGUGACAGUCAUACAGUAUUACCCAGAGAGCUGCUUCCUCUCCAGUCAUCAGCGCCCCUUCCCCUUUCGGGAGCAGAGUCCUCAUACCUAGAGCCCACCUAGACUCUGGGACCUGGCCAGCUCUCUCAGUGAGAAAGAUGGAUAGUUCCAUGUCUAUGGCCAAUGGGUGAUCUGAAGUGGGAAGCCCAACUUCAAGCUUGGACUUCAAUAAACUUCCUGGUAAUGUCUGUUCAUAAA